AGGUCCCUCGUAUUCGAAAGACAUUCCGAUCACAUCUUUCCUCAGUCCUACUCUAUCUCAACUCUAUCUUCAUCCAGUCCUAGUCCUCUACCACAAUCUAUUCCCCACAUCAUGAAGCAGAACGUUCUUCUCCUCGCAGCAACGACCUCGCUCGCAUCCGGCAGGCCACAAUAUGGCACACCAAACCCACACGAAUGGAUUCCGGGUGGUCCUCAUGACUUCCGUGGCCCAUGCCCUAUGCUCAAUACCCUCACAAACCACGGCUUCCUCCCCCGCGACGGGCGCAACUUCACCAAAGCCAACGUGAUCAAAGGCUUGGGUGACGGUUUAAAUUUCGACACCACACUCGCCGGCAUAAUGUGGGACCAAGCAAUCAUCGCCAACCCAGAGCCCAAUGCCACAUUCUUCACGCUCGAGCAGCUCAACGUGCACAAUGUCCUAGAACACGACGCCAGCUUAUCGCGCACUGAUGCGGCGUUUGGUAAUAACCAUGUUUUCAAUCAGACGGUGUUUAAUACGAGUAAGGCAUGGUGGACUGAUGAGGUUGUGACGGCGAAGCAAUUGGCGCAUAGCAAGAUCUUCAGGCAGUUGGUGAGUAGGGCAGAGAAUGAGAACUACACGUUCAGUGCGUCGACGGAGGAGUUUAGCUUAGGAGAGGUUGCUGCGCCGAUUAUUGCGUUUGGAGAUACGACCGCUGGGACUGUACCCAGGGAGUUGAUGGUAUACUUCUUCGAGAACGAGCGCUUGCCGGAAGAACUUGGCUGGUCGAAGAAGAAUGCCUCGAUCACCUUGCAGACUAUUUUGGAAACGACAGCUAUCGUUCGUAAUGCGACAAGUCUAUUGACUGGUGGUGAGACUGCACCGGCGGACCCACAUAAGCGCAGGGACUUGCACAGCGGCCUAUUCUGAGUGUGUCAGCUGCAAGAGCUAGUUUGAGUAUAUGCGUUAUGGCAUUGAGGUUUAAUGCUUUGGCAGUAGUGGUUCUCAGUGAGUUUUGAGUAUAGUGUAUCAUCAUUUAUUGACUAAACAAUACUGGGUAUCCUUUCGCCUUGUUUACGCAAAUUGUA